GGGAAGAACAUAGAGGCGUUGCCAUGGCGACGGAGCAGCCUAGUCCUGUCCGUGGCACCUGAGCGAGCCAUGCCCGCAGUGCUUCCGCCUCCGCCGCCGCCCGAGGCCUCGCUGCAGGUAAGAGGAGCAGGAGGCGGCGAAGGAAGCGCAGGGCCUGGGCUGCGGAGAGUCCCGGCGAGGCCCCGCUCUUCCCUUGCCGUGCCUGUGUCUGUCGUUGCUCCGCAGACGCGCCUGGUGGAGAACCAGCCCUACGACGAGAGCCUGGAGGUGAACGAGGCCGAGGACGUGGCCAGCCUCUACGCGCCCAGCCCCCGAUAGCCAGGUGGGGCCUAAGCGGAACGAGGCCGGGGACAGGGGCUCUUGCCUAUCCGCCCCUCUGCCGCCGGCCUCACUCUCUCGCCUUCCCCGCUGCAGGAGCCAGACCCGCCGCCCGAGGCGCCCGCAAAGGCCUAGCCCAGGACAACAGCAGCGAGGAGGAGGAAGAGGAGGACGAAGUGGAGCAGAUGCUCAAGGUCUUCCCCCAUCGAGGGGCUUUGAGUGGCACUGGCCGGACCCCGAAGCAGAGGCCCCUCACAGCCCCCCUCUCUCUCUCUCUCUGUUCCCAUAGGAGAAGAAGGGGACCCCGCUGAGCUCCCAGCGGAGGUUUAGCGGGAACGAAGUGGAGGACGAGGACUCCUCCGAAACGGACUCCGAGGACGACGAGGACGAGCACGGAGGGCCCCUGGAGGGGUAGGGGCCUGGAGGGAGAAUGAGGGCCACGGGUGCCCUGGGCAGCACCAAGGCCCCUGAAGCGGUUCCCAAUGGCUCAGGCAAUUGCCCCGAAGCGGCUGGCCAGGAAGGGUCCCAGGCUGAGCAGACCUGGGACCCAACCCACGCCCUUGUGGCUGCAAAUGGCUGCAGGACUGGCAUUGGACCACCGGAGCGGCCUCUAAGGCCAGGGAUAGGGAGCCUCCAGCGCUCUAUUGCAAUGCUGCUCCCAUUGCCCUUCGCACUGUGUCUGCAACCAGGAGCUGAUAGGAGAUGCAGCCUCGGCAUCCCUGGAAGGAAGACUUACUCCCCACCCACAAGAACAGCACCAGCAGUCCCCUCCCUGCUCCCCGAGAAUAAAAGGGUUUCUGUACCACUUUCAGACACUCAUCAUUCAGGGAAAUUCCUGUUUUCUGUGGAAGAAGCCCUUUUUGUGCAUAGGAGACGGCACAGGAGAGUGCUGGCUUUUGUGUGGGCCCUGCCUCCAAACACAGAGGCCCCAUUAUAAAGGUACAGUCGGCCUUUCUUAUACACGGAUUUUUUAUACACCGAUUUAAGCAUACACAGUUUGAAAAUGUUCCAAAAAAGUAUAAAUUUACCUUGAUUUUCCAUUUUUUUUAUAAGGGACACCAUUUUGCCAUGUCAUUAUAUGUAAUGGGACUUGAGCAUACACGGAUUUUGUUAUACACGGGAGAUCUUGGAACCAAACCCCAGCGGAUAACAAGGGUCCACUGUAUAGUGUUCCUUCUGACACUCCUUACACAGAACAUUGUCUGGGGCAACACUGUGGAGGGUUUGCCUCUGACCCUGGUCUUGCCGCUUUGCAGCAUCCCAGGUACCAUGGCAGACACAGCCAUGCUGUAUUUGGAUGGUCCAUGAGUCAUCAUUUUGCGUAGCACCAUGCUUUGUAGCAGACUCUUUUGACCAGGGGAAAGAAUGGAAGUUGAUGGCCCAUCAGGGGGCCUUGGAUUGUUUCUUUCAGGUCCCACGCCUGGAUGGGAAACCAGAUAACCUUGGGCUGUUGGUGCUGGAUGAGCCCUCCAUAAAGCAGUCUGAUCCCACCGUGCUUUCCCUCUGGCUGACAGAAAACUCCAAGCAGCACAAUGUGGCCCAGCAGAUUAAAGUGAAGAGCCUGGAGAACACCGAGAAAAAACCCAAAGCCAUUGACAACUGGAUUGAGAGCAUCACUGAGCUGCACCGCUGCAAGACCCCUGCCACCGUCCACUAUGCCAGGCCUAUGCCUGACACUGAGACCCUCAUGCAGGAGUGGCCCCCUGAAUUUGAAGAGCUGCUGGGAAAGGUGAGCCUCCCCACUACAGACGUUGAUUGUAGCCUUGCUGAAUACACAGACAUGAUCUGUGCUGUUCUGGACAAUCCUGUUUACAAGAGCCGCAUCCAGUCUCUGCACACUCUCUUCUCACUCUACUCUGAAUUCAAGAAUUCACAGCACUUCAAGGCCCUGGCUGAAGGCAAGAAGGUCGCAAGUCCUCCUUCCAAUCCCCCAUCCCAGGCUGGAGAGUCAGACAUCCUGAACUUCACUUGAGCUGCCCACUGGCCUCUGGAAGGAGUCAUUUGAAGAGAAGAACAUAGGGUCUUGUUUGCAAGCAUCUGGUUGUGGAAGGCUAGAAGAAACUGUUAACAUGAUGGACACCAACAAAACACAGCAGCCCCAGGAUAACAGAUUGUAAGCCCGAGGGCAGGGAAUCGUCUAACUAAAAGAUUGUAUGUACAGCGCUGUGUAAAUUUACAGCGCUUCAUAAAUAAAGGUUAAUAAUAAUAACAACAGUGGAAGGGUGGGUUUAAAUAGGGAUCCAGUUUGAACGCUCUGUCCCCCUGGGUUUGGUACCAGAAGAUGUUCAGCAUCUCACAUACUUUGUACAGCCUUUGAGAAAGAGUUGUUUCAGUAAAGUUUUGCUCUUGGUAUUACUUUGUUCCUGAAAGAGAACUGGGAGGGAGGGAGGGACUGCACUUUGGUUUGUGAGUUCCAGAGCCAUUAAUCCAAACCCAGCAUUGUUCUGCUGAAGGGCCAUGGGUAUGCCCUUAAGCACAAUAAACUCUCCCCCCCCUUGAAGAUACAAGGGUUGCAUUUU